AUGACUUACGUAUUCAAUAAUACAAUGCAGCAAGUAAAGAUAAACAUAUCUGAGAAUUUAUUAGACUUGAACCUUACUAAAACAUAUAGAUUAGAAUCUACAAUGUUUUCUGGAUUUUAGACUGACUUGUUUGAGCUGUACUUAGACUAAACUCAGAAAAUAUUAUAUCUAAGGGAUGUUAAGAUUAAUACCAUCUUGCCUAGCAUCAUCUAAAUCAGAAACGAUAGACUUCUUUAUGGAGUACAAAGAAAAUUGAAUGCUAGUGAUACUACUAACUAUGAUUUGGUAGUAUGUACUUACAAUUUGAAAUAGACAGGUAUUUGCAACAUCUACGAGAUUUAUGCUAAAUCAAGCCCGAUAUCAUACGAGCUAAAGACUAUGAUGUAUAUUGAUGACAACUGCAUUGAAAAUUUGUAAAUUACAAGGUAAUAUCUGAUUCUAGGUUGCUCUGCAUAUCAAAAUGGCCUUGGCAGAAUAUAGGUUUUUCAAAGAUUUUCAAAUUUCACAAUGAAACUAAUGCUCUUUGAUACUGGAAUGAAAAUUGCAUCUAAAAACUACACUAAUAUAGGAUAAUCAACAGCUAUAUAAUACCAUAAUUAGAAUCAUACUACAAUAUUCUACAGUUCAACUACUGAAACUAAGAUACCCAAUGCUAGUACUUCAAUGAAUGUGACUUGGAUUAAUAGUAUAUAACUCUUGAAUUUAAAUGAUACAUUUGCUUACUAGUUGUCUAUUAAUUAGUUCAGAUAGAAAGCUAACGAUAUAUAACAGAAAGGCAAGCUUUAAUAUGAUAUAUACAAUAAUACGAUGAUGCUCUUCACAUUUGAAGCCCUUAUAAAACUUAUAUACUGUUCUCUCAAGCCAGAAUAUAGCCAAAGUAUCUACACCUUUAAAAACUCUAAACAAGUAAUAUAAAAUUUAACCUUAAAUCCUAACACAACUGAUCUUGACCCAGUCAAUACAAUGAACAAACAGCACGAAUAUCACAGCAAAUAGUACUACCAAUAAUAAUAAAACUAAUACAACUAAUUCAACAUAGAAUUCUAAUAGUAGUGCUAGCGCUAGUAAUUCAUCUACUAAUAUAACGAAUAGCACAAAUAGUAACAGCUCUAAUUCGAACAAUAACAAGACUAAUUAGACAACUUAAAAUUAGACUGUAAAUAAUAACUAGAGUAAUACUACUAAUUCUUCAGGCAGUAAUAUAACAAUUGGGAAUAUAUCAAGUGGUGGCAAUAAGACUAACACAACAAAUGCAACAUCUAAUAGCAAUAUAACUUCAAAUUAAACAAACAUCAGCAAUGGAAACAGUUCUAACUCAAAUGCGAGCACAACUAAUAAAACAAAUUAAACUACCUCAAAUCAAACCUAAAAUAAUAGUUUAAGUAAUAGCACUAAUUCCAGCACUUAAAAUAACAACACUAAUGCACUGAACGUGACAAAUAAUAGUAAUAAAACCAAUACUACAAGUAAUAGUACGAAUAUCAAUAAUACUCAAGCAGGAAAUAACUCUUCAAAUGCAACCAAUUAGACAUAAUCUUCAAAUACAACUAAUGCAAAUAUCACGAAUAGUAUUAAAUAGAAUAAUACCCAAUCAAGUAAUUCGAGUGGCUAAACCACAAAUACUACGAAUAAUAAUACUGGUAGCAAUAACACUUAAGGUAAUAGUACCUCGAAUAGUACUUAAAAUAACUCUUCAUCUAAGCCGAAUGCUACAAAUUCUACAAAUAAUGUUACAAAUAGUAGUUAGAGCAAUAGUUCUUCUACUAACAACCAAAAUAUUUCGACAAACUCCUCUUAAAAUUCAUCUAAUACGACUAACUCGAGUACCAACUAAACUAAUACAACUUCAAAUGCAACCAAUAAUACUUCGCAAACUAAUAGCACUAAGAAUUCGACAACGAAUUCAUCUAAUACAAACUCCUCAACUAAUUUGACCAAUACAAUUAAACUUCAAAUCAAACAAGCAAUGGAACUAGAACUAAUUAAUCAGCAAUUAACAACUCAAGUCAAAACAACCAAUCAUAGAUCAUUUAAAAUUAGACUAAUUCCUCAAUUCAAUAAAACUUAACUUAAAAUUACUCUACUAACAACAACUAAAGUGCAAAUAAUCAGACUAAGAAUGACCUAAAUGAGACAUAGAAGAAGCCAUCUGAUUUAAAUCAGACGAACGAUUCCAAUUAGAACAAUACCACUAAAAAUUAGACAGAUUCAGAUGGGAAUUCAAUUGAUUCGAAUAACUAAACUAAAAAUAAUUCAUCUUCAAAUAAUUAGUCAGUCUCUGAAGAUAAUAUCAAUAAAAAUCCAGAAUUUAACAAUCUAGAUUAGAGCAUUAUAGUUAGAGAAUCAGGGUCGAAUGUGAUGACUGAAAACAUUAUGAUAACUAUAAUAGUUUUUUCUAGCAUUGGAAUGAUUUGUCUACUAUCUAUGAUAGUUUUCCUCAUCUGCAAGAUUUGUAAGAGGUAUAAAAAGAAAAAUGAUAGAAAGCAGGCUUACAUUGAAAAUGAAUAAAAGUAGAAUCCAACAUAACAAGACCUAUUUACUAUAGGUAAAAAGGACAAACUUCAUGAUGCAAAUACUAUCGAUAAAAGUAAACCCUUGGAUGUCUUCAAACAAAUCGAUAUUUAGCCUCCAGUAAAGUAAAAGGUUAAUAAUUGGGUUGAAGAAAAAUAGGACCAGCCCAGCAGCUUUAGCAUAAAGCUGGCAAUGCCUGAAAAAUCUUAAGAUGAUUUUGACAAUUUAGAUGAUAUUGAGUCUUAGAGAUCAAAUAAGAAUCUUAAAAGCCACUCAAGUGAUUAAAUCUAAGAGCAGAUAGAGGGAUGCAUAAUAAAGUAAUAGGAAGAAUAUCUUGAAGAUAUUGCUAAGCAAGAAAAUUCCCUCAGAGAAAAUGCAAAGCCAAAGAAAAAGAAAAAGCUGGAAAAAUGUUAUAUUUGUGGAGAACUUAUAGAAAAUGAGGAUUCAAUAGAGAUUUAGUUUGAAUGCAGUCACAUAAAGAUAAAACCUCUAUACACAAUAGCUGGCAAUAAAACAAACUGUCGCAUGCUCGUAAGUAGAAUUACUGCAUUCUAGUGCGAGGAGGGUAUUGAAUUGCACUACUUGGCAUUUCUGCUUAGCUAAGGAGGAAGUUCAAGCUAUACAAACAAUGUGAAGAUAAAUUAAAAGGCGGUCAGCACUCACACAUAUCAGGAGAUCAAUAAUAAUACUAAAGUUUCAUUCCUGAUUGGCAAUAGGUCAUCGAGCUACAUCUUCGAUGUCUCAUCUAAUACAAUUAAAAACUAAACUAAUGAGACUUUUAGAAUUGGUAAUGUUGGAGAUCUACUUGUGUUUGAAAUUUUUUUAUUGUAUCGAGACACAAAUCUUGACUUUUUUUACUUUACAGAUAGGAAAACUAUGCUUGGUUCCUAGCAAUUUAAGUACAAGAAUUAUAAGUUAAGUUAUGAAGCUCAGAAAGUAAAUGAGGCAGAGCUAUAUAAUUUUUUCGCUUGCACUAAUAAUGUAUCAGCUUCGGAUAAUCAAUGUUUUGUUUAUCAAGUAAAUGCUACAGUGAACUUAGCCUAUAAAUUACUAAUGAAUCAAACCAUUGGGGAUAUGUGUGCUCAGAGUAUAUAAUGGGUGCAAAAUACUAUUGUAAUUUCUUGUCCAGAAUAUAAUAGCAAAGCUGGCAGGAUAGAUUUCUAUAUUCUGGAGAUUGACUACAGUUUAAGCCUUUUAUACUCAUGGGUGGGAAAUAUAACAGAAAGAUAAGUGGGAAUUUCAUUCCAUUUGUUUGAAUAUACUUCAAAUCAUUUUGGUCUCUUUUAUCAAUCCUUUAGCUAGCUUGAUAAAGUCCAGCUUCAUUUCAAAAGUGUCCUAAGAUUCUUCUAUGCUAAAGAUGGCAAGUACUAUUAUUCAAAGAAGGAAUAUCCUGAAAUCUUUAAGAUUGAUGAUUCAUUAGCAAGAGUAUUAUAAGUCAGUUUAGCCUAAGAUAGGGUGGUAAUGAUGAAAUAUUUGGAUUCGAUAGCUGUUUAUUAAACUCUUCUUUGUACUCACAAAUAAAUCUAUGUAAAUGGCGCUUGUGUAAAUCUUGGGACUGACUAGCUAGCACUAGCGCCUUCAGCUUCUACUGCUAGUACUUGCUAUGUAUAAAAUGAGGAUUACCAAAGCUUUGAUUAUUUACUUAGAGUAUUUUACUGUACGAAUUCAACAACCUUUGAUCCUAAUUUGUCGAAUAGUGUUAUUUAAGAACCAAAUCCAAUAGCAAGCCCAAACUUGACAGCAGGAGAUGAUAAUAAACUCCUCUAUUGGCAGAUAUUACUGAUAGUAAUAGGUUGCACCCUAUUUCUGAUCCUAUUAAUCAUUCUAAUUCUUUGCUGUUGCUGUAGAGAUAAGAAUAAAGCUGAAAAAAGAGAGAAAGUAGAGAUGGUAGAUACACCUGAUGAAGAGAUUAAUAAAAGGCCUCCAGUUUUAAAGGUAAACACAGGGACUUAGUCCCCAUCUAAGAAUUCUCCUUAGAAAGACUAGCAAACUUAGCUUAGUGCAUUUGAUGGUCCUUAUAAUACCAAUGUUAAAUUCUAUGAGGAUGAUAAUGAGAAUAUAUAAAGUCAAUAAAAGAUAAACUAGCCUCGCCGAUAAAAUUACAUCAUUGAAACAGAGCAGGAGAAACUAAUGCUAACUCCAAAGCGAGAAAAAGGAAAAAUAGUUUUUGAUAAUAGAGGUAAUAUCAAUAAAGACCAAUAGUAGCGUCUUGCAUAAGAUGAAGAUUUCGAUGGAAGUGUGAUUUUAACAGAAGUUAUCGACUACAAUAUAGAUUUGAAUAGCCUUAGUGGCGUGAAUAACAACUAGCAGGAAUUCAGCAAAAUUGUGAAGUAAAACUCUGAUAAAUAGUUUAUUGACUAAGUUAAGCUGAGAUCUAUCACAAAGAUGCCUAGAGAUAAAGUGGACUAGUACCCAACACCAGAUAAGGCAGUUACUACAAGAAGUAAAUUGCUUAGAGCCUACACUUAAAAGCAGUAUAUUGACCUUAUCAAGGAAGAUCCAAGACUUAAAAAAGAAGUUGAAUGUGCUAUUUGCAAUAGAGAUUUUACCAUGUAAGAUAGAGUUGUUAAGCUACUUUACUGUAAGCCUAAUAUCUAGCAUUUGGCUCAUGGUAUUUGUAUAAAAAGACUUAUCGAUGAGCAUCAUAUUAAAGAUUUAGAGUGCUGGUUCUGCAAGAAAAUUUACAAAUAGUAAACUAAGGGCCAGGAUACUUAAAAUGAUGACACUGAUUCUGUCAAUUUUUUUGAAAAUGACUCAGACUACUCUCAUCAAAUUAAUAAAUUAUAGAUCAGAAACCUCAAAGACUGA